UAUGUACCACACGUAAGAUAAAGAAAACAUUCAGUUUUAUGAAACAAGGCGAACCCGCAACAUGUUUGAGAUUCGUUUUGAAUGAGUGCAAUUUUUAAGAAGUUCCGCCGUCCGGUGCACAAUAAACAUUAUAUUACGUAUACUACUAAAAUAGUACGUUUCGGUUGCUCUACGAAACCAGAAGUGGUUUUACGUGCUCUCCGAAACCAGAAGUGGUGUGUAUAACCUUCCACUCAUGGUUGUACCGCAGAAGGCCAAGAUCAUUACACGGAAUAUUCCUUUCCAUGCACAAUAAGGAGCGUUUUUCCUUCAGGGUUGGAAGAGGGCAAGAUUCUGUUGUUUUAAUCUUCAGUAUGAAUAUCUUCCAGAGUGAAUGCUAUAUUCCAUUCAUGGGGUUACAGAGGCAUCUUUGGUCGACAGCCGCCUAGGUAAGCACCACCAAGAGUUGUAGAUCACAAGCGGGCGAGGGAGGUGUCGAAGUCGAAGGAUCAGCCCAGACCGAUGACAGCGGCGCCUUACCAUCUCAAGAACAUGCAGCAUCCAGAGUCUGAUUCCAAUGUGUGAAAAUAACAUUUCUGCCAAUACGUACUCUGGUUCUUCUGAAGAUCGUAGAGAAGUAGUUCUGCCUAGGGAUCCGCGAAUACGCCGUGGAGAGGCGCUGCGACUGCCAGCGCUAUGUGACCAGCGUUCACUCGCUCCGGUUGAAAGUAGCCCCCAAAAAAUUGAAGAAGAAAAAAAAAACUUUCAAAAAUUACAUAUAUUUCACACAAAAGUGGCAAUAAUUCUCAUAUAA